AUGGCUUUCAAUCCAAGAAAAGCACCAAUAUCAAGUUCAAAAGCCAUGGCUGAUGCAGCCUCAUGGUGCUGUGCAUGUCUUCUUGUGACCCUUAUAUUGGUAUGCAUAUUCAGAGACAGUUCUGCACUUGAAGAGGAUGAUGAGGGGCUGUUGAGGGGCAGCAAAGUGGUGUCCAAGCCUUGUGAUGAAAUCUAUGUGGUCGGAGAAGGAGAGACACUUCACACAAUCAGUGACAAGUGUGGUGACCCCUUCAUAGUGGAAAAAAACCCUCAUAUCCAUGACCCUGAUGAUGUCUUCCCUGGCCUUGUUAUCAAGAUCACACCCUCACAUACAACAAAAUACUACAAUAUUAAUUGA